UGUUGUCCGCUUACUUUGGUUUGGUUGGUUUGACCGGCUUGAUAAAUGUUUUUGGUUUUGUGAUUAAAAGUGCAGCAGUAACAAGAACCGGCAAAUACAUACAUAAUUUGUGUGAGAGUUAUUAGUCAAGAAUAGAAAAUGGUGGGUAUCGAUCCUGGGGCAUGGGCGUCGGAAGAUACCAUGAGAAUUAUGAUUGCAUCUGAUAUUCAUCUGGGGCAUUUAGAAAACGAUGCCGUACGUGGCGAGGAUAGUUUCAUAGCAUUCGAAGAAGUCUUGUCCCUCGCCGUAGAAUACGAUGUGGAUAUGAUCCUGCUUGGCGGCGACCUGUUUGACCACGCGAAGCCUUCGCCCAGUUGCAUGUACAAGUGUACGCAGCUAAUACGUAAGUACUGUCUGGGCGACAAACAAAUUGCCAUAGAACUACUCUCUGAUCAACUGGAAAACUUUUCUCGCGUUGUUAACUAUGAGGAUCCUAACCUGAAUGUGUCUUAUCCUAUUUUAUCUAUCCACGGUAACCACGAUGACCCAGUGGGGCAAGGCAGUAUCAGCUCAUUGGAUAUUUUGUCAAUCACUGGGCUGGUGAAUUAUUUUGGCAAGUGGACUGACUAUACACAGGUUCGAAUUUCACCUGUGCUCAUGCAGAAAGGUUGCACAAAACUAGCAUUGUAUGGCCUUAGUCAUCUUAAAGAUCAGAGGCUAGCUCGGCUCUUUGCUGAAAAGAAAGUGGAGAUGGAGCGUCCAGAUGAUGGGGAGGACUGGUUCAAUCUACUAACAUUACACCAGAAUAGAGCAGACAGGGGGCCUAGUAACUAUAUUCGAGAAGAUGUUUUGCCUAACUUUUUAGAUAUGGUUGUAUGGGGACAUGAGCAUGAUUGCCAAUUGUUUGCUGUCAAAGAAAAUAAGAGGGAACAUGAGGGAUUUAUUGUUGUGCAGCCAGGAAGCACCGUGGCCACGUCGCUGGCGACCGGGGAGGCCCUUCCUAAACAUUGUGCUUUGCUGCAAAUUCACAAACAUGAUUAUAUACUGACUCCAGUACAAUUAAAAACUGUUCGUCCAUUUAUCUUCAAAACAGUCGUACUCUCUGAAGAAAAUUUAGGAGAAGAGGAAGUUAAUGAAAACGAAAAAGUUCAAGAAUUAUUGAAAGGAAAAGUCAAUGAAGCAAUUGAAGAAGCCCAGCGCUUGCUGAGCGGGCACCCCAAGCAGCCCACCAUGCCUCUAGUCAGACUGAGUGUGUUCUUUGAAAGAGACGCACAAGAUUUCAACAGAGUAAGAUUUGGUCAAAACUUCAAUGGCUUAGUGGCAAAUCCCAAUGAUGUUCUCAAAAUGAAGAGGGAAAAGAAGAUUCGUGACCGAAAAGAGAAUGUUCCUAUCAAUGAUGAUGAAACCAUGAGUAGUGCCGCUGUCAAUGCUGUGGACAUAGAGUCAUUGCUGCAAGAUUACUUCCAUACCCUACCACCUGAGCGGCGGCUGACCGUGUUAUCUGUGCGCGCAGUCACCGACGCCGUGCGCGACUUCACACUCAAGCACGACGAGGACAUCUUCCGACGCGUGUUCGACGCCCACCGGCAGCGCUGCGUCGCCGCGCUGCACGCCGCCGGCGCCGAGACCGUCGAGGACGUGGAGGCGCAGCUCAAGGUCAGCAAACAGGAGCUCGACGCGGCCGACAAUGACACGCUCAGCGUGCUCAUCGACAGGAGCCGGCCGGUGUCCAAGCCCGCCAAGCCGAUAGUGCGCCUCUCCAACACCACCACCAGCCCAGUGAUCAGCAAGCGCGGCGGCGGCGUGGUGGUGCUGUCGAGCGACGACGACGAGCCGGUGGCGGAGGUGGCUCGAGGGCGGGGGCGCGGAGCGCGGGGCGGUCGCGGCGGGCGCGGCUCGCGCGGCGGGCGCGGCGGCCGCAGCACGCGCGCUAGCAAGGAGGUGGAGCCGGAGCGCGAACCGGUCCCCGAGCGCCGCACGCCGCGUCGCGCCGCUCAAAAAACUAACAAUUGGCUCCAGAGCAUAGCUAAUUCUCAUCGCAGAAUCGAUAUCGACGAUUCGGACUGAAAAAUUCCAAUAGCUAAGUCGUAAGUCAUAAGUAAGCGUAAAUAAGGUUAUUAGGUCAAUAAGACAAAUGCAGACGUUUUUGUAAUACAUUAUAUAAUAAUUAACUAAGAAAUGGACUAUAUUUUGCUCCACUUUGUUACCCCCUCAUUAAAGAUACCUGUGAAAUUUUAAAAUAAGUAGAUUUUUACCACUGCCUUUCCCUACAAACUGUUCAUUAGUUAAAAUCGCAUCAAAUUUGAUUAAACAGUUCUUUCUUGGUUAAGGGA